UCUGGAAGCAGAAAAGGGCACAUUCGAAUUUUGCAGCGUUUUACCAGCGUGUUGAGGCAGUUGAGCUGCAAAGAUAGUUGUCACUGAUGAUUACUGCCGUUUAUCAACCGUUAGUUUUCUGCUUAGUUUUGUCCAGACUUCAUACUACAGUAUUGUGACAAUUAAACGGCCAACUCUGCCAGUUUUGAUUUACGCGAUUCCCCGUUUCCCAGCACUGGUUCAGCGUGUAAACCUCCUUACGAUCUUUGUGAUCCGCUUUCCUCAUAUUGUUUUUGUUUUUGUUUUUGGAGGGGCAUCACAGUCACCCGUUACUACAAUUAUAAGGUAAGGAUAUACAGCUUCUGAAAAUGUGGACACACUUCGUUUGGAUUGCCGGUGCCAUAGCGAUCGCCUUGUGCCAGCCAGUACAGGCAAAAAGUGAUCCACUGCCACCUGGAACUAAGGAAGCAGUAAAACCAUUAGUCGAGACUCGCCCGGUUCCUGCCAAUUUUUCCGCGGUUUUCACGUGCAAGCACAAGGAUAUUACAAAGGAAAAGGUGUCCUGGCAGCAUAACAAGGCCAAGGUUAUGGACGCGAUGGAUGACAAGAAUACGCAAUACGACGUGAAAACGGAGCCAGGAACGUCCACCCUCACUAUCGCACGCGUCCAGGUCAAAGAUCAAGGCAAUGUUACAUGCCAGGUGCAGAGUGGGGCAGGGACUGUCGAAGACACGGCGGCAUUUAACGUUAGCGAACUCUCGAUAAAAGUAAAUCAGCAAAAUGUCGCAGGCGACACCGCCUACAUCCCUGACGGAACAAUCAACGUGACGUACAGCUGUGCUAUCCGGUAUGCACCGAAAGAUGCCAAACUGAGCUGGUUUGAUAAGGAAACCGAGCUGACCGCGACAACCUGCAAAGACAAAAACUGCGAAAUCCAAAACGGCGCUGCAACUGCGGAUGUUAAGGAAGCCACCGUUCUUUACGCUGCCAUAGAAGACGUCCUUUACGACGAGCUGCAGUGUAGACUGGUCAGCACAUCGUCGCCGGACGGUAUUGGUGACAAAGCGCUACUAUCGGGAGUCAUCAAACUAAUACCAUAUGGAAAGCCGAAAUUUACCGGAACGAAUGUCACAAUUGCAGAGAAUUACAUUCAGGUGGAAAGCGGUCAACCGUCACGUUUAGUGUGCACAGACUCCUUGGGCGCAAGCCACACGUCCAAACUGCUUUUGUACCUCAACAACACAAAGGUUGUCGAAUUGGUCAGCGGCACGGAUAACGAACCGCUUAAUGUGAUUUACCAGUUCUCUCCUGACCGAGAAAACCACAACGCCCUGUUCGAGUGUAAAAGCAUUAACAGAAUUCACGGAGAAAUGAAAAAUUCGUCCGCCCAACUACCACUCCGCGUAAUAUACGGCCCCGAGAACGCAUCCGUGAUACUGACAGCGCCAUCAGUCUUUUCCCCCAGCGAAACUUUCGAAGCCCGCUGCCAUGCUGGAAAAAACAAUCCGAUGAUAACGUUUACCUGGACAGUAGAUCCUAGGAGGGGAUGGAGCAGUUCCGUCAACCACACGGAUUGUAGUAAAAAUGGACCCAACAGUUGGACAGGGGAGACAAUAUCGUUCGCCAACAUUUUGGUAACACCCACCUACGCCGACACUCAGGUCAACGUCACCUGCGUUGUCACGAAUCCGGUCAGCGGGGUAACCGUUGCAGCCACCGCAGUAGUGAAUGCGAAAGCCCAAAGCGCCAAAUCGGGAAAAAACAUUGUCGCCAUUGUUGUUGGAUCAGUGAUUGCGGGCAUUUUGGUAGUGAUACUGGUGGUGGUGUGGGUCAUCUAUCGCAAAGCCGGACUGCGCCCGAAUGCGACCAUGCGAGCCAACUGUUUCCCCUUGUUGGAGCAGCCGUGCUAA